CGAGAUCUCUCCAGCUCCCGCCUCGCCUGAGCCGCGGCCGCGACAGCGGGCGAAACAACUUUGUGUGCGCCCGAGGCCGGCGACCUGGUCCCCAGCGCAUCACGCCGAGGCUAUGGACGCACUGGCUUGGCUGCUGCCUCUGCUCCUAGCGCUCUGCGCACAGCAGCACCGCGGCACCAGGGCGAUGAACGACAUUGGGGACUACGUGGGCUCCAACCUGGAGAUCUCCUGGCUCCCCAACCUGGAUGGCCUGGUGGAGGGCUAUGCUCGCAACUUCCGGCCUGGCAUUGGAGGGCCCCCUGUGAAUGUGGCUCUCGCCCUGGAGGUGGCCAGCAUUGACCACAUCUCAGAGGCAAACAUGGAGUACACCAUGACCGUGUUUCUGCACCAGAGCUGGCGGGACAGCAGGCUGUCCUACAACCACACCAAUGAGACCCUGGGCCUGGACAGCCGCUUUGUGGACAAGCUCUGGCUCCCCGAUACCUUCAUUGUGAAUGCCAAAUCUGCCUGGUUCCACGAUGUGACUGUGGAGAACAAGCUCAUCCGGCUGCAGCCCGAUGGCGUGAUCCUGUACAGCAUCCGAAUCACCUCCACAGUGGCUUGUGACAUGGACUUGGCCAAGUACCCCAUGGAUGAACAGGAGUGCAUGCUGGAUCUGGAGAGCUAUGGCUAUUCUUCUGAGGACAUUGUGUACUACUGGUCUGAAAACCAGGAGCAGAUCCAUGGGCUGGACAAGCUGCAGCUGGCUCAGUUCACCAUCACCAGCUACCGCUUCACCACGGAGCUCAUGAACUUCAAAUCGGCUGGCCAGUUUCCUCGACUCAGCCUGCACUUCCACCUCCGGAGGAAUCGGGGUGUCUACAUCAUCCAGUCCUACAUGCCCUCCAUCCUCCUGGUGGCCAUGUCCUGGGUGUCCUUCUGGAUCAGCCAGGCAGCAGUGCCUGCCAGGGUGUCUUUAGGCAUCACCACGGUGCUGACAAUGACCACGCUCAUGGUCAGCGCCCGCUCCUCCCUGCCGCGGGCGUCGGCCAUCAAGGCGCUGGACGUGUACUUCUGGAUCUGCUAUGUCUUCGUGUUUGCUGCCUUGGUGGAGUACGCCUUCGCCCACUUCAAUGCUGACUACAGGAAGAAGCAAAAGGCCAAGGUCAAGGUCACAAAGCCAAGGGCAGAGAUGGACGUGAGGAAUGCCAUUGUCCUUUUUUCACUCUCCGCUGCCGGUGUCACCCAGGAGCUGGCGGUCUCCCGCCGGCAGUGCCGCCGCAUCCCUGGGAAUCUGAUGGGCUCCUACAGGUCGGUGGAGGUGGAGACUGGGGAGACGAAGAAGGAGGGAGGGCCCCGCUCAGGGGGCCAGGGGGGCAUCCGCACACGGUUCAAGCCCAUUGAUGCAGACACCAUUGACAUCUACGCCCGCGCUGUGUUCCCCGCGGCCUUUGCGGCCGUCAACAUCAUCUACUGGGCGGCAUACACCAUGUGAGGCAGGAUGCAGGCCUCUGCUUGUCUGAUGGCUGCUGGGAGGACGUGGUGGCCUCGUGGACUGGCAAUUGGCCACAUAAAACCAGGCCUCCCUGAGCCUUGUCCCCAGCCUCACCUGGAAGACCAGCAGACUGCUCUCCGACAGACGAGUGAGACAGGUCUGCCACAGAGAGACAGAGAAGCCUGACCGGAGGAUGCGCCAGGCCUGUGCUGGGCUCCCGGGGGAGCUAUGAGUUUCCAGACUCAGAAAGUGACCCUGCUUUCUAGGCCUUUGCUCUGUGGGAUUGCAAUCCGCCAUGUGGAGGAGGCGGGAGUACACGGCGCUCACCCUCUGUCUCAGUGACCUGGUGCAGAAGGGCACUCUCGAGGCCUCUUUGGUCCCAGCAUGAAAUAAAGCCUUGGCUUGGCGGCUGGUUACCUUCUCUGUUGCUGCAGCCACCUCUCCUGGUGCCUGGAGCCCAGCUGGCAGCCUGGAAUGCUCUCUCCACGCAGGCUCUAUGGGCAGUAUCUGGAUGAAGGCAGCCUGUGGAAGCCCACGGAACAGCUAGAGUUGGACGUGCACCUUGCACCAGGGAAGCAGUGGGUCAGAGUCCUCAGAAGGUGGCUGUCCUCCCCAGGAGCAGGGAUAAGGGAGGAGGCUUUGGGAAGGAGGAGCAAGCAUUCAUGACACUGGCUUCAUGCAUUUGUCAUGCCACUGGUCUGUGAUGGGGCCGUCUUCUCUAAUGGAGAAGCAGAUCUAGGGGCUGGAGAGGGAAGCCUGAGCUCACAGAUGGAGGACAGUGAGGUCAGGGCUAACUGAUCCCAAAGUCGUAUGCUUUCCUGAAGCCCCAGGGGUUAGAGCCAGAGAUUAAAGGGUGGAGAUUGGGGGUCAGGGUUUCAGGGGCUCUGUCCCAGAAGAUGUGGCCACAUAGGCGCAUCUGGAGGAGGACAGAAGUACAGGGGCCUGGAUGUUAAGUAGUCCCCCCCAGGGGAACAAGAGUCCACUGAGCCUUCGAUGUGGUGAUGGGAACUCAGAGGCCACCAAGGCUUAUAAACACCCUACAGUCCUUCCCUACUUGCCACUACUGCCACAGGUUUGAGUGACAUUGUUGCAGUCCAAGGACUCUGCAGCCAUUGGACCGUUUGACAGGCAGUUCCUAAUACAAGGGUCCAGAUUUUCCUCUGCACUGACUGGGUCAUUACACAUGGGAGAAACAAGAAGGGCAAUUAGGGGAACAGCUGUUUGGGGCUCUGUGUCUACUGCAGUGCCCGACAGUCAAGAGCCACGAAAAUGCUGCCCGUGUGACUGCCCAGGGCCUGCAGCAGCCCCAGCACACUUAGCUGGCAGAGCGAUGAAGUCGCUGGGGCCUAGAAACGCAGGUUCAAGCUGCUUCCCACGGGGCCAGUCUGGAUCCAAGGACAGGCUCUCUGCCCAAAGCAUGGCCUGGCACUUACCACCUUUGCCUCUGUCUUGAAGACCCCUCACCUCCUAAUGCCUCUUCUUCACACUCAGUCUACCUCUUUGGGUUCCUGCUCUAAAGGCCAAGACUGUGAGACUUAGCAGGGCUGUCCUGGGAGGUGGGACAGUCAGGCUCCAGGAUGACCAGGAGUGCAAACAGAGCAGGGUGGAUCUUGGAGUAAACAGAGCAGGGUGGACCUUGGAGUAAGCAGAGAGCAGGUGGUCAAGGAGUGGCAGAGCUGGAUCUGGGUCAGUUGGGGCUUCAGGCCACCUCACAGCAGCAGAGGGAAGCAGGCCAAGCCCAGCCAGCUCUGUGUCCGACAAUGACGUCCCCUGCUCUGGUGCAGGCGCCAGGUCCUUUCUGUUUUGUGUGCCUCCCUGCAGGGCUACUGCUCUCCUCCCUGGAACCCAGAGAGCUGCCAGGAGUGGGGGCCUCAGCCCAGAUGGCACAUAAUACAGCUGCUGGACUGGCCCCAAGGAGUGCCCCCCACCACCUCAUCUCUAGGGACAGCCAGGGUUCUGCCCCAGGUGGGGGAGGAUCAGCGCCAAUUCAGGCUGUUGGAGGAGGUGCAGGCAGGUUUAAAGCAGAGUCAGACUCUGGGCUCAGUUGGGCGACCUCUCUGCUGCCAGGACCCUGCCCUACCCCAGCGCCUGCCUCUGCUCUGCCCUCCUUGCCACCUGCAGGCUGCCCCCUUUCUGCUGUGCGUACCCACGGGGAGCUAUUUAAAGCCGGCCUUUGCGACUGCCUCAGGCACCCACGCAGCAAGGCCCACCCGGGCAGCAGCCUUCGCCUGAUUCUGCAACCGGCAAUCACUCCCUCCCGCCUGCAGGCUGCUAUUUCUGCCCACAUAUUUACAGGGCCAGGAAAAAGCACGGGAAGAACUGAUGCUUUUAAACACUGCCUUCUAUUCCGGUAGUGAUGACAGGAGCAGGCUGGAGGCCGGGGCAGAUCAAAGUUGGCAGCCCAGAGGAACUGCGUGGGAAGGGGGUGUCGGCAUGUCCUGCAACAGGGGGCUCUUGGGGCAGAAGUCAGUGGGCAGAGGGUGGAGUGCAGCCAGGGCUCCAUGUACCCCAUCCUAGUGAGGCAAGUCUUUAGGGGUCAGAGGCUUCCUUGUUUCUGUUCAAGGCUGGAAUGUGUGACAUGAAUGUAGAGUCCUUAAGUUUCCUGAGCGCUGGGGCUGCUCUUCCCUGAGGCUGUAGGUAGGAGUUAAGGAGGGCCAGGUGUCAGGGACAGCCCCCCUACUUCUCUCUCCUGCAGCAGAGACAGGACAAGCACUGACCAUGCCUCAAAGUAAGGCAGGCAGCACUCACGCUGAGUGGGGCCCACGCCAUGGGGUGUCCUAGUCAGGGUUCCCUCACAAACGACCCCGAGACAAGGGCUCGGGUGCAGGGAGUUUACCUGGGAGUCAGGAGUAUUAUUUUCCUAGGCUGCCAUAACAUGGUAUCACUCACUAGAGGGCUCAAAACAGAAAUGUAUUCUUUUGCAGUUUUGAAGGACGAAAGUCCAAAAUCAAAGUGUUGGCAGGUGCUCUCGGUUGGAGAAGCUGGGGAAUGUUUCAUGAAAUAUUAUUUCUUUGGGUCCAGGCCUCUCAGGUUAGAGACCUACCCUGGGAAGCUGAGUGAAACCAUAACCAGGAGUAAAGAAGGAAAAAAACGGGACCAGCAGU